ACAAAUUUAGUUUUAAACUUUUAUGAUCUUCAUCAUGAUCCAAAAUAUUGGGGUGAAAAUGUUGAAGAGUUUGUACCUGAAAGAUGGUUGGAGCCAGAAAAAAUUCCGCAUGAUGUGUAUUAUCCAUUUUCUGCAGGUUUAAGAAAUUGUAUUGGACAGAA